AUGGUGAGAAGCUCGGGUUUCCCCCCACUCCAAACCCAAACCCAAAAUCCCCAAUCUCUUGAACCAAAAUCCCCAAUCUCAAAAUCCCUAAUCUCUUCUUACGUCUCUCUCUCUCUCUCUCCGUCUCAAUUUGUUUCAGAUGCUGAUUCGGAUGAUUCACGGUCGAGGAGGAAGAAGAAGAGCAGGAGUUCUAGGCGUAGAAGUAGGAAAUCAGAAUCAGUCGGUGAUAGUGAAUCGGAUGAGUUGAGUGAAGACAUUCACGACGGCCUUCAAGACGAGCCAUGGGAAGAACGAACUCUCCACCUCCUUUACAACUCCAAGAUCGAUCAAGAUUUUUCAAUUGCUAAAGUUCAAAAAAGUGGACGAAAGAAGCACAAAGUGCGCUGGAUGUCGAAGAGAGCUAUGGCAAUUCCUCAAGUCAUCAUCGAACUUUAAGACCAAGCCCUAAGAGAAUCUACUCUCCGAUG